UGAACUCCAGUACCUGGCACCGCAGAGCGCGUCCGGCGGCUGAGGGGGACGCAGGCGCACGGAGGAGACCGCUUGGUCCCGUUUAACUUCACUUUUACAGUCCACUGAAACUUCUGCGUGACGUUCCUCAUUUGUCCCGUCCCCCCCCCAUCCUCCCGACUGACGGGCUGAGUUUUGGAUACCGGCAGGGGGAGGAGAUGGAGCUGCAGGGCUCCGGGAGCUCGGGGCGCACGGAGGACCUGGAGUGAGUGACGCCGGUGGAUGGACGCUGCUCCCCGGUUCAGGCUGUCCACAGCGCGGCCAUGACGGGCACCCAGGAGCCAGACCUGCAUGAGCAGCACAGAGGACCAACGCAGUGGCAAGGCAGCGAGAAGGAGGAGGGGGAGAAGGUGCAUGUGUCAGUCGAGGGAGAGGAGAGGGAGCAGGAGGAAGGGGAGGAAGAGGAGGAGAAGGAGGAGGAGACGGAGGAGCUGCCCUACCCGGCUCUGGCACCAGUGGUCCUUUUGGCUCUGACCCAGACCAGCCCGCCCCGCUCCUGGUGCCUCCGAGCCGUCUGCCACCCAUGGUUUGAGCGUGUGAGCAUUUUGGCCAUCCUGCUGAACUGUGUGACUCUAGGGAUGUUCCAGCCUUGUGACCACACCCCCUUCUUCCUGCAGGCUCUGGAUGAUGGGAUCUUUGCGUUUUUUGCCGGGGAAAUGGUGAUGAAGAUGGUGGCUCUCGGGGUCAUAGGUCAGACCGGUUACCUAGGCGACACAUGGAACAGACUGGACUUCUUCAUUGUUAUAGUGGGAAUGCUGGAGUACUCCCUUGACGGACACAACGUCAGCCUAUCAGCUAUCCGGACUGUCCGGGUGCUCCGCCCACUGCGAGCCAUCAACAGAGUUCCCAGUAUGCGUAUCCUGGUGACCCUCCUCCUCGACACGCUCCCCAUGCUGGGCAACGUGCUGGCGCUGUGCUUCUUUGUCUUCUUCAUCUUCGGCAUCGUCGGCGUGCAGCUGUGGGCGGGGCUACUGCGGAACCGCUGUUUCAUGGGCGAGGACCUCAAGACGAGAUACAACAUUUCCUUCCUGAGUGGUUACUAUCGGCCGGACGGCACCGACGACCACCCGUUCAUCUGCUCGACGGACAGAGACAACGGGAUGCUCCGGUGCUCCGACGUGCCUCGCCGCCGCGUGGGCAGGACUUUCUGCGUCCUGGGCGCUGAGGAGACUCCUCCAGAGACUGGACCUGGAGCGGAUGAGCCAGUCUCAUGCGUGAACUGGUAUCAGUAUUACAACGAGUGUCGCGCCGGGGAAAUAAACCCUCACAAAGGGGCUAUUAACUUUGAUAACAUUGGAUACGCAUGGAUUGCCAUUUUUCAGGUAAUUACUCUAGAAGGUUGGGUAGACAUCAUGUACUAUGUCAUGGAUGCACAUUCCUUCUACAACUUCAUCUACUUCAUUUUCCUCAUUAUAGUGGGCUCCUUCUUCAUGAUCAACCUGUGCCUGGUCGUCAUAGCAACCCAGUUUUCCGAAACGAAGCAGAGAGAACACGCCUUGAUGAAGUCGGAGCAGCACGCCCGGCAGCUACACCAGUCGGCAUCCACCCUGGCCAGCGACAGCCAACCGGGAAGCUGCUACGAGGAGAUCAUCCGCUACCUGGCGCACCUCGGCCGCAAGGCAUGGCGACGACUGUGCCGCUACUAUGCUCAGAAACGCCCCCACUUCCACUGCGUGUGCAUGUGCCGGAGAGACAAAGGCGGGGGAUCGGCCAGAGGGGGCGGAGCUGGGGAGAUGAAUGGACUUGCCCACCGGCACUCGGGCCACGCCCCCAACGACCUGUCACACCUUCAUCAGCUGUAUCAUCACCACCAGCAUCAUCACCAGCAGCAUCAUGCUCCUCAGCCUGAGCCUGCAGUCAGGAACGGAGGGAGCGGUUUUAAUUAUCCCUUCAUCACGCCCCUCUUCAGGCACCAGGAUGCAAAAGGCCGGGACCAGAAAAGGCCGGCUGCCCCGGACGCCGUCAACAGACUGCCACAGCUGGUGCUGGAGCACGGUGGGUGCACCGGGCAUCCUGCUCUAACGUUGCCGGGCGAAGUCCCGGGGGAGUCCUCAGCGUGCCCCUACUGCAUCUACUACAACCAACUUAAUGACGGUGAACAUGUUAACGAACAGCCUGAAGACCAGCAGCGUGGGUACAGCAACUCAUGCCCUGGCAACAGCCCGUGUCAUAGUGACAGCCCGUGUCACUAUAGCAGCCCCUGCCGGGGUGAUGCACAGGUGCCUGAGCCAAAGAAGAGGCUGUGUGAGCGUUGCUGGGCGGCCCUCCAGUCUAGACUCAAACUCAUCGUUGGCAGCAGAUACUUCAGCAGAGGGAUCAUGAUUGCCAUCCUCAUCAACACGCUGUCGAUGGGCAUCGAGUCCCACGAACAGCCGCAGGAGCUGACGGAUAUUCUGGAGAUCAGCAACAUGGUGUUCACCAGCCUCUUCAGUCUGGAGAUGCUGCUGAAGGUCCUGGCCCUCGGGCUCUUCGGCUACAUCAAGAAUCCCUACAACGGCUUCGACAGCGUCAUCGUCAUCAUCAGCGUGUGGGAGAUAGUGGGGGAGGCGGAGGGGGGCCUGUCGGUGCUGCGUACCUUCCGCCUGCUGAGAGUUUUGAAGCUGGUGCGGUUCCUCCCCGCCCUGAGGAGGCAGCUGGUGGUGCUGAUGAAGACCAUGGACAACGUGGCCACGUUCUGCAUGUUGCUGAUGCUCUUCAUAUUCAUUUUCAGUAUCCUGGGGAUGCAUCUGUUUGGCUGUAAAUUCGGUUUGCGACAAGACAGCGGGGACACUUUACCUGACAGAAAGAAUUUUGACUCUCUGCUUUGGGCGACUGUCACCGUGUUUCAGAUCCUCACCCAGGAGGACUGGAACGCGGUGCUCUAUAACGGGAUGGCCUCCACCACGCCGUUGGCUGCCCUCUACUUCGUUGCCCUCAUGACCUUUGGCAACUACGUCCUCUUCAACCUGCUAGUAGCCAUUUUGGUCGAGGGCUUUCAAGCUGAAGGGGAUGCCAACAGAUCCGAGGCAGAUGACGACAGACAGUCACUCUCUUUCGAGGACGAGGAGAAGUUGAGAGAGUUAUAUGCUGCAGAGCUCAAGAUCCAGGCCAUGAUGCUGAGCCCCAAUGGCCUCCUGAACCCAAAAGCCUCCAUGCCCCACCUUCCUCCUCCACCUCUGCCGGUCAUCACACACACCGCAGCCACACCCACCAUAAAUUCCAGCCAAUCGCGGCGGGCGAGCAACGCCUCCAUGGAUAUGAACAGCCCCGGGCAAAGAUCACCGACUCUGUGGGACAGCGGGCCAGGGAGCCGUCGCUCCAGCUGGACUAGCGUCGGCCGAGCCCCCAGCCUCCACAGGAGAAGCCAGUCGGGGGAGAUGGAGUCCCUGUUGUCCGACGCGCACUCCAUCUCCAGCCCCGGCAGCAGGGAGCAGUCUCUGGACCAGGCCGAGUACCUGCAGGUGCCCAUGCUUCACACGCCCGACUGCAACGGCACCACCUACCACCUCGCCGACAACUGCUACGACGAGGCGCCCCUGGCGACUCAUUACCACGGUGACCUGGAGGAGGACGAGGUCGAGGAGAGUUUAUGUAAGAAGCUGAAGAAGAUCCUGGAGCCAUAUGAGCCUCAGUGGUGCCGGGAGCAUGAAGAGUGGUCCUUCUAUGUGUUCUCUCCACAGAACCGGUUGAGGUUGUGGUGUCAGAGGGUCAUAGGUCACAAGCUGUUCGAUCACGUCGUGCUCCUCUUCAUCUUCCUUAAUUGUAUCACCAUUGCUCUGGAGAGACCGGACAUACAGCCCCACAGCAUGGAGCGGGUAUUCCUCAGUGUGUCCAAUUACAUCUUCACUGUGAUCUUCGUUGGUGAAAUGAUGAUCAAGGUGGUGGCGAUGGGCUUCUACUUUGGCAAGGGUGUGUAUCUCCAGAGCAGCUGGAACAUAUUAGACGGGGUGCUGGUGUUUGUGUCGCUGGUGGACAUCCUGGUCUCCAUCGCAUCAUCGGGUGGUAAUCGGAUCUUGGGCAUCCUCCGUGUGCUUCGUCUGCUCCGCACACUCCGACCUCUCAGGGUGAUAAGUCGGGCUCCGGGUCUCAAACUGGUGGUGGAGACUCUGAUCACAUCUCUCAGACCCAUCGGGAACAUUGUCCUCAUCUGCUGCGCUUUUUUCAUCGUCUUUGGAAUAUUAGGAGUGCAGCUGUUCAAGGGGAAGUUCUUCUACUGCGACGGACUCGAUGUGAGCAACAUCGCCAACAAAACCCAGUGUCUGGAGGCAGGAUACCGCUGGCUCCGACGGAAGUACAACUUUGACAACAUAGGACAGGCGCUGAUGUCACUGUUUGUGCUGUCGUGUAAAGACGGCUGGGUCAGCAUCAUGUACGAUGGUCUGGACGCCGCCGGGGUGGAUCAGCAGCCAAUAAGAAACAACAACCCCUGGAUGCUGCUGUUCUUCAUCUCUUUCCUCCUCAUCGUCAGCUUCUUUGUGCUCAACAUGUUUGUGGGUGUGGUGGUGGAAAACUUUCACAAGUGUCGCCAGCAGCAGGAGGAGGAGGAGGCGCGGAUGAGGGAGGAGAAACGGCAGAAGCGGUUGGAGAAGAGGAGGAGAAGGGCCCAGGAGAAACCCUAUUAUUCUGACUACUCCCCGUUGCGUCGAUCCAUCCACACCGUGUGUACCAGCCACUACAUGGAUCUCUUCAUCACCAUCAUCAUCUUCACAAACCUCCUCACCAUGAGCAUGGAGCACUACAAUCAGCCUCAGUACCUCAACGAAAUACUGAAGUACUGCAAUUACGUCUUCACCGUGGUUUUUGUCAUCGAGGCCAUCCUCAAACUCAUCGCCUUCGGCCUGCGCCGCUUCUUCAAAGAGAGAUGGAACCAGCUGGACCUUGCCAUUGUGUUGUUGUCCAUCAUGGGAAUCACAUUGGAGGAAAUAGACCUGAGCGCUUCCCUGCCCAUAAACCCCACCAUCAUACGCAUCAUGAGAGUCCUGAGGAUCACACGAGUGCUGAAGCUCUUGAAGAUGGCGACAGGGAUGAGGUCUCUGUUGGACACGGUGAUGCAAGCUCUGCCGCAGGUGGGGAAUCUGGGUCUGCUCUUCAUGUUGCUGUUCUUCAUCUAUGCAGCUCUGGGAGUUGAGCUCUUUGGAAAACUGGAGUGCUCAGACGAGAACCCGUGUGAGGGUCUCAGUCGCCACGCUACCUUCGACAACUUUGGCAUGGCCUUCCUCACGCUCUUCAGGGUGUCCACCGGGGACAACUGGAAUGGGAUUAUGAAGGACACUCUGCGUGAUUGCCGCCCGCAGGAUCGCCACUGCCUCACCUACCUGCCCCUGAUCUCCCCCGUUUACUUUGUCACCUUCGUCCUCACGGCUCAGUUCGUGCUGGUCAACGUGGUCGUGGCCGUGCUGAUGAAACACCUGGAGGAGAGCAACAAGGAGGCGCAGCUGGAGGAGAUGGAGGAGAGGAAGGAGAGGGAGGAGCAGAAGGAGAGAGAGGAGCAGAAGGAGAGGGAGGAGGCCAACCGUCGCCUCAGCACUGCGUCUUCGAGCGGAGCCCCGGGGCCCAACCUGGACACACCUGCUCAGGUGCAGAUCGAGGAUGACGAGUGUUCCCAAGGCAACCUGCAGAGCAUGGGACGCAUGAUGUCUCUCCCCAGCGACAGCUACGUUCAGCCACUCAGAUGUUCCCCUUAUCCUCUGGUUGGCCAAGAGGCCUACUCCGGCUACAGCUACUCAGGCUCCAUGUCCUCUCUGGGGUCCAGUGGCGGCGGCUCUCUGCUGCAGGUUCCAGGAGCUCUGCCCGCCAUAAGCCACGCUACCCUGGGGUCCGGACGCAGCGCGAGGCCCGUGAUCCGCCUCAGCACCGCUCAGAGCGUGGACAGACACUCCCCACACAGACUCAGUCCGUCUGACAGCGUAGAGGGACGCCGCUGGAGUCCCGCUCACGGAACAAACAGACACAGGCUCAACUCGGCCCACAGCAUCGACGGAUACAAGUUCAGCCCGGCACAUCGGAUAAACAGACACAGACUCAGCUCUGCGCACAGUAUGGACGGAUACCGGCUGAACUCGGAAGAGAGCACAGACAGGCCCCGGCUCAUGUCCAGCCACAGUAUAGACAGACAUCCGUCGCUCAGACCGAGUCCCACUCACAGUGCCGGCAGACAGCCCUCCCAUUGGCUCAGCCCCGAGGACAGUUUAGACAGAAACAAGUUGAGUCCCUCCUACAUCCCAGACAGGUCCGUUCUGAGGAGACCCGCAUCGUUCCACACGGCGAGCAGACAGCUGCGGAGACAGGCGGCCGUUCGCUGUGACUCUCUGGACCAGAGCGGAUCAGCCGACAGUCUGGCGGAGCCUCACCUCGCCGUGUCCGCCGCCCCUUCCACGCCGCCGCGCCAGCGAUCGUCCAGUGUACACACACUGAAAUAUACACACCCCCAGAGGGUCAUCUCGUGCCGCAGCCACAGCCGGAGCCACAGUGAAACCACUGGACAGGAACAUGUACCCGAGCAGGCCACCUGCGGCUCGCAGCCAGCGGCAGACGUCGGCAAACGGCCCGUCAGCCCGCAGAGCCUGUCCAGUCUGAAGGCGUCCGGCGGUGAAUCCGCCCCAUCGGCUCCGCCCUGCAGCUCCAGAGCGGCGAGCCUCGGCCCCGGCUCCGGACCCGGGCCUCAGGCAGACACCGCGGACGAGGAGGUCAACCGUAUUAACAGUUCUGCGCACACUGACUCACACGCACAGCUUCCUCCCAGCUCCUCACACAAAACCAGACACCUUAACCCGAGUCCCGGGGAGCACAGGAGCCGCCUCAGCCAAUCAAUGUCCCCGGUGUCGGGCAGGAACAUGAAGCAGAGGAUGAGCCCGCCGCCGGGGGAGGAGCAGGUCACUACUGCCACCCAAUUGAUGGACAGCAGUGUUGAGCUGAGGAGGCGGACUCUGUCAUUUGAUGCCACGUCCCUCUCUCCUAAUCAACCAGAGGGGAGCUCCGUGGACGACUAAACCGACGCAGCGGUGGAUGGAUGGUGCGGUUAUCCUCGCCGAGGCAAAUCUGCCGCCGGGGCAAACGAGAGGGGCGGGAGUCGCAAUGCAGUGCAGGAGGGAUACCUGUUUCCGGCCACGCCCCUGGCCUGGUCCCGUCCAAUCACAAGAUGUUCACAGGGUGUCUGAGAUGAACUCAUUCAGACUCUGUAUGUGUGAGUGUGUAUGUGGUCAAAAGACUUUUACCCGUUUCGUGCUGUUUGCACACAAGAUGCACACAAGGAGACGUUUCCUUCACCUCUGUCAUAGUCCUAGUUUUAGUUCAAACAUAGUAGCCUCUCUCCAGCUGUAUUUACCCUCAACCCCAACCAAUGCCCUUGCUUGCUCUCUUCCUUCCACCCCCCACUUUCAUCCCUCACCAUGCAUCUCAAGCCUAGGUCACAAUACAGGACUGAAUCACACAGAAAGACUGAUCUGCUUGUGUACAUACAGACAUGUAGACAAACAGAAAAUAUACAACUAGCUUUUGAUCAUUUCAAAGCCCCAGUGUGUAAUUUUUGUAAUUUUCUGGCGGCAUCUGGCGGUAAAAUUGCAAACCGCAACCAACUGAGCAUCCG